CUACGGCCCUUUACUUGCACGACUCAGUUUUGGUUAUGCCCCUUUACUUGCACGACUCAGUUUUGGUCUCGUUAGAAUCCGAGAAGAUUAGGCGCAUUCGAACUCGCUCCCACCACGCACCUCAUUGGCAGGAAUAUUCCCCCGGAGAGUCCAAAAAAAGAGCUAUAAAUUGAAAAGGGUGCACGCUAAUUCCAGCUUUCGUAUAUUGAUGGAUAAUUCGCAAGUGGAAGAUGCAUUUAGGGUGAUUGAUGCCUCCAUAGCCGAAAUCAAAUGGAAGCUCAGGCCUUCAUCCAAGAAUCGAUUAGUUUUCGAUAUACUGGCACUAAUUACAGGUCUUAGGCCGGCAGUAAUGGUGGAUUAUGGUGGUCAUGGAUCUGAACUGCAAGCACACCUUUGCAUUUUACUAGAUUUGAUUAAAAAGCAAUCAUCAUUGUUUGAGCUUUUAAGAGUCAUGAUAAUUGAGGAUAUGAUCUACCUAAUACAUAUCAGAGGACUGGCGGAACAUGCUUUGGCAAGCCUCUGCUUGAAAAGGGAGAUACUAUUUGUAGACAUUGAUAAAGACCCUCCAAAGAUGCUUUUACAGAAAGAUGGACAGGUAGUAUCAGCGCAGCUUGAAUCAAUUCAGAAAAUGCUCUUCUCACUACUUUGUGUUCAUAAACUGAACAAAGACCUACUGGCAGAUAUCCCACCCUUUCUAGGGAUUGGACCCCCAGAAAAGGUGUUGGUUGAGCAAUCUGGUUAUCAGAAAGAUCCUGCUAAUGAAUUCUCUGGGCCUAUUGACCUUAGCAGCUUGAUGCAGGAUAGUCAGGUCACUCUGCCCACUCUGAAUGGAUACAUGACCAAACUUAUAUUUGCUGCUUGGAGCAAUGCAUUACUUGAGUGUUGCAUCAGCAGAUGGCUUCUUGGUUAUCCAGUUGCUUAUUUGUUCACUAAAGAUCAUGUUGCUGAUGCAAUAUCAAACCUGUCUUCCAAGCCUCUUCACCUUUACAUGAUUUUGGUUUGCAGAAAUGUGGUAUCCAAGAAGGACAAUUUUCAAGAACUAAUGAGUUUUACGGUGCCUUGUGAAUUGAGCAUGCGGGGAGAUGAUGAGCAAUGGGCUAAAGCAUUUAUGGUGGACAUGUCGUCAAAACUUGAGAGAUGUAAACAAGUUUGGAGGCAUUUGAAGUUAGAAGUUCGUGAAUGCUACCCUCAGUCUAUUGUGUUAUAGCAACAAAAUUUCACGUUCAUGCCUUGCGACUCUCCCAAACUCUUGUGUCACAGGUGAAUUCUUUGCAGCAGGUAGGGCCUUUUGUUAGUUCCAUAUCAUGCAGGAAUGAAGGCAUGGGGUUCGGCAUCAACAAAUGUUUAGUGCAAUACAUGGGUUUACCCGUUGCACGAACUGGAUUCAUCUUACUUUAGGGGUUGUAUAAAUCAUAAACGGCCCCUGAGAGAUGAACUAGAUGCAUUCUUUUUACCCAGAUUAGUUUUUAUUUUUGUAAGAUUCUGAAUGCUCAAAUGAAUGAAAAUAUGAACUAUGCUGUCACUGUGAUGAUAA